AUGGCUUUCAGGGAAGGACCCAGGGCCUGGAAGAAAAUCUUCUGGCAGCUGAUCCUACUUGCACUUGGCAUCUUAGGGCUGCUCCGGUUCGGGCUUCCUGUACUCAGGCAUCUGGAAGUCCUCAUCCCUAUGGGUGUCUGCCCUCUGGCCAGAAUGUCCCUGCUGAGAGACAACUUCACGGGUCCCCAGGAUCCUGGGGCCCGGCCUGAAGUCCUAACCUGUACUUCCUGGGGGGCUCCCAUUAUUUGGGAUGGCACCUUAGACCCAGACGUGGCCCAGCAAGAGGCUGUGCAGUGGAACCUCACCGUGGGUCUGACUGUCUUUGCUGUAGGCAGGUACCUGGAGAAGUACCUGGAGCGCUUCCUGGAGACGGCCGAGCAGCACUUCAUGGUGGGCCAGCGCGUGGUGUAUUACGUGUUCACCGAGCGUCCGGCCGCGGUGCCCCGCGUGCAGCUGGGCCCGGGCCGCCGGCUGCGCGUGGAGCGCGUGGCACGCGAGCGCCGCCGGCAGGACGUGUCCAUGGCGCGCAUGCGCGCGCUGCACGCGGCGCUGGGCGCCCGUCUGGGCCGCGAGGCGCGCUUCGUGCUCUGCAUGGACGUGGACCAGCACUUCAGCGGCGCCUUCGGGCCCGAGGCGCUGGCCGAGUCGGUGGCGCAGCUGCACGCCUGGCACUACCGCUGGCCCCGGCGGCUGCUGCCCUUCGAGCGCGACGCGCGCUCGGCCGCCGCGCUGGGCCCCGGGGAGGGCGACUUCUACUACCACGCGGCCGUGUUCGGGGGCAGCGUGGCGGCCUUGCGGCGGCUGACGGCGCAGUGCGCGCGGGGCCUGCGGCGGGACCGCGCGCGCGGCCUGGAGGCGCGCUGGCACGACGAGAGCCACCUCAACAAGUUCUUCUGGCUGCACAAGCCCGCCAAGCUGCUGUCGCCCGAGUUCUGCUGGAGCCCCGAGAUAGGCCGCCGGGCCGAGAUCCGCCGCCCGCGCCUGCUCUGGGCGCCCAAGGAGUAUGCUUUGCUGCGUAGCUAG